CGAUGUCUGGUAGCCAUGGUAACUGGGCAACAUGUGUUCAUGAAAACAAGUGGCCAGUCAUUCUUGAAAAUGCAGAGUGUUGCUUCACACUGAUCUGGGACGCCAUCUUACGUUGAUCAAGCGUCCGCAGUUAUCAUGAGUGGAAUUCAGUCACAAAAUGACACGUCCGUCGCCGAAAACCCUCAUAGCGCAGCCGCUACAUCGCGGGAGCGAAAGCCGACUGGUGGGGUGCUGAAGAGACUGAGAUCCAGACGCAGCCAGGUAGACACUAGGCCGGUCACUGAGGAUGAGCUCCGUGAACAGCAGGAUGGCAACAUCACUUCUGAGGACGUGCUAGGUCUCCGUUGUGCCACCCGGGAUUAUCUGUGUAAACCAGAGGACAACAUCUACCACAUCGACUUCACACGCUUCAAGAUUAGAGAUCUGGACACAGGCUCUGUGUUGUUUGAGAUUGCGAAACCACCACAGACUGUGGGCGAUGAGGAAGAGAGGGAGGCGGACACCAGUGUUGGACGCUUCGUACGGUACCAGUUCACCGCCGCCUUCUUGAAGCUGAAAACAGUGGGAGCCACCGUGGAGUUCACGGUGGGUCCACGGGCCCUGAACAGCUUCCGCAUGAUUGAGAGGCACUACUUCAGAGACCUGCUCCUCAAGAGCUUCCACUUCGACUUCGGCUUCUGCAUCCCCAACAGCCGCAACACGUGCGAGCACAUCUAUGAGUUUCCACAGCUCUCAGACAGCAUGAUUCGCCAGAUGGUGGAUCAUCCAUAUGAGACGCGUUCUGACAGCUUCUAUUUCGUGGACAACAGACUGGUCAUGCACAACAAGGCAGACUACGCUUACAAUGGAGGCCAGUGA